ACGAGCUUAACGAGAACAAAGAAAACCAAAAACUGUUGCUUUCUUGCAGUACGUUCGUUCUCAAAUCCUUUAAAAGGAGUGGCUCAGUGUUCACUUUGUUACAUUCUGUUCCUUUUUCCUCGUUUUCAGUUAAAGCACCCUUUUUUUCUUCCCAAACUCUGCUAUAUAACCAAGGUACGUUACUACCAAAAUUUUAUCAUCUGGGUUUGGCUCAUUUUCUUACAAAACAAGUGGGUUUGCUGAAAAAUGUGAUUUUCAUCAAAUACUGAGAAGGGUUUUCGGAGCAUGCUCUGAUUUCUCUCUCUGUUGCUUUGUCUUGGUUCAACUGGUUUCAUUUUGGUGUGUUUUCUGAGAAGUUUGCUUGAUCAUUGCGGUUGCUGUGGGUUCUGUACUUUUGUGAUUUGAGCUUGUGCAGAAGAGUCAGUAUAAGGAUUGUUGUCCAGAAUCUUGUUCUGCAGAUCUCAUCUCCCAUCUGAUUUACCAAGAAAAUUGUUGAUUUGCCAAUGAUCAAAGAAGUAACAAUGUCAAGUGGAGUAGAAUUAAGAAGGCACUCAGUUGGAAUAUCAAGUUCUGGAAAUAAUGAGAAAAAAGUUGUUCCUCAUUACCUUAGAGCAUCUACUGGCUCCUGUCAUGAUUUUUGUAAAUAUGGGAGAAAACAUGUGCAGGAAGCAAAGGAGAUACUCUCAAUGACUAAAAGGGCUGCAAGAAAACCAUUUCGCCGAAGAUCAGAAGGGAGCAUUGAUGGAAUAAUGACAUCAGUUGCCAAGGUCAAAGCAUCAGUUGAUUCUGAUCCAACAAAGGUGUUAGCCAGAGAACACAGAAAAUCAUUUGAUUCUGAGUUCCAGAUUUUUUAUACCUCUGACCCAAGUAAGCAGGAACUUGCAACAAAAUCAUCUGGCAGCCAAAAACAAAUUGGGAAUGGAGUUCAGGUAAACAAAAACAUAGCAUCAUUGCUCAGGGUCAAACCAUCAUUUGUUCCAAAAUCCCAUGUUUCUUCAAGUUCCAAAACAUGGGGGCAAGGAAUUUCAUCAAGUUUUGGGGUGGAAAUUCCAUCACAACCAACUUCCAAGAGGGUGCAAACUUCACCAAUAUCUUCUUCUCCAUUGAGAUCAUCUUCUGAAAUGAUGAAAACUCAUCCAAACUCAACUUUCCAGAUGGUCAAAACUUCAUCAAAAUCUGCGUCCAUGAUGGUGUUUAAGGUGUCUUCUUUUGAAGAUAAAGAAAUGGAGUUGUCUGAAAAGCCUGUGACUUCUCUGAAUCCAGAUUCUGUUACAAUGGAGACAAUAUAUUCUAUGAAUUCCUCCGAGGGCUUUGGUGGCCAAAAGAAUAGUGAGAUUAAGAUGAAAAAGAGGGAAUCCUCCUCCAAGGUAGCUUUACCUUUAACGGCUUUGUUGUCAUCCAAACCUUCUUGCAAAGGAAUUGCAAAUACUAAUGCAAGAAAGCACAAGGGCCCGAAAAUUGAGUCUCAUAAUAAGAAUCAACCCAAGCCUACAGAAGUUGAACCUGAGGAACACAACAAUGAGGCUCAGGAAAAGACUUUGUAUAUCAUCAAGAUGGAAACUGCAAACCAAACUUUGCAAUCUGAUCAAAAUGAAAGCCAGGAGAGUGAAAUGUCCUCUAAUUUGGUGUCAUCACGCAAGUUUUUGUCCUCCUCAAGUACUCAAUCGUCAUCCCAAGAAGCCCAGGAAGACCAAGAAGAAUCUGAAUAUGCAACAAGUGAAUUUGAGGAGGAUUCUUCUGCUGGAAAUCCUGAAAUUGAAUACAUGGAAAAUGUCGAGACUUUGGAUAUUGAAGAAAAUGGAAAGCCUCAAGAGGAUAAGAUUGUUUGUUCUGAAGACAAGGACUGCCAAAAGUUAAGAGCAAAUAUGGCUGAUACUCAAAUUGAGAAAAAUAGUCCAAGAAGGCUUAAAUUCCUUAGAGGAAGUGUGUUGGGAGACAAUGCUAGUGAUGCCAAUAAUGAUGCUGACAAUAUUGGUGCCAUAACUGGUCCAGAGAAGCUUGUUUUGAGACAUCAAGAUGUGCAGGCCAAGAAAGAUGAACAUGGUUUGUAUAAUAAUGUAAUAAAGGAAACAGCAAGUAAACUGAUUGAAAUUGAGAAGGGGAAGGUCAAAGCAUUGGUCAGUGCCUUUGAAACAGUAAUCUCUCUCCAAGAGAAAAAAAUUUCUGCAAACAUUAUCCAUUGA